AUGAUGAAUACUUAUACCGAAAGCACGGCAUUCCAACACGAAAAAGUCAAUGAUCUUGAGACUAAACUCUCAGGAGACUAUGAAAGGCUCCCAAGUCAGGAAGAAUACGACGAAAAAAUCACUCGAAAUCUGCUUGCUCCUGAAAACUACACUUCUAGGGCUCAUAUGAGCAAGUGCUCGGAGAGCAGUAUACUAUCAACAAAUAUGCAAUAAAAACAGAGUUUUAGCGGGGACUUCGAACUUUGUGGAAUGAAUAAUAAGCCUAGUUAAGCUGAUAUAGACCUUGAACUUUAAAGUUCUAUUGCUAUGAAGCUUGCUAGGUCAAAUGGAAAGCAAAACUAAGAGUAAUCUCUGGUGACGCAGCUAUAGAUACAACCCUUUGCUAUUUCAAAAGAGACUAGCGACGAUUAUCUAAGACUGAAUUCAGAAAAGUCGAAAUGGAGGGACUGCGGAAGAAUUAUGAGUCUGCUAGUCGUCUAAUAUGUGUUUUUCCAGAUAUUCACCUCUCUCUUAUUCUAAAAUAACUGA